AUGCGGGGCGACCGUAGCAUGGACAUAAGCCUCAUGUCCUUUGGAGGCAAGACGAAUGUUGUGCUAGAGUUAGGUAGACGGCUAAUCCAGCCCGAAGAAGAAUGGAAAGACAAAUGCGAAGCAUUUACAGAAUUGCGUAAAAUGCUUCAGGAUAAUACGACGCUGCAAAAAGAUGUAGUUGAUGAAAAGGAGACUGCAGUAGCCGACAACGUUGCAAGCCACUUUACGCCCGAGAACGUACAGGCACUAACGCAGCCUUUCCGUGUGACAUUGACGGAUUUGCGCUCAACGAUCGUCAGGGAGGCAUGCACCACACUUUCAUUAUUAGCCAGGACAUUAGGACCUCUAAGAUGCAAGAUCCUAGUGCGGGAUGUAUUUCCUACGCUUCUUGACGCACGGGGUGGCUCGAACAAAGUGAACACUGCAGCUAUCCACAAUUGUAUCAUAUCUAUCGUGACAGCCACUCCAAGUCGAUUUGUGCUGGUGCCUGUGUUGCAAGUGCUACACUCUAGCAAAAAUCGCGAAAUGCGCGAAAGUUGUAUUCAUUAUACACGUUUGGCAUUGGAAAGAUGGAAUAUUGCUGUUCUUGAACGGCACAAAAUACCUCUACAAUCGGCAAUUGCGGCUGCGCUUAGCGAUGCAUCACCAAAAGGACGAGAAAUGGCUCGCGAUUGUUAUUGGAACUACAUCUCAAUCUGGCCCAACGAAGUUGAACGGAUGGGCACUCUGCUAGCAGAAGGGGUGAAAAAGUAUUUGAAGCGAUCUCGGGACAAAGAAGACUUACACCACCAGUCAUCUAAGCGCAGACAUCUUGCGACAAUUACAAAUUCAAUCGCAUUGAAUAGUGGCGCAAAAGACAAUAUGACUGGCGAUCGUGCGCAAAAUUCAAACAAAGCUGUAAAACGCACAAUCACACGAAGAAAGUCUAGCAAGAUGAUACCUUUAGUCUCAGGCACAACAACGUUGCCAGUACAAGUAUCACUGCAAGGUAAAGUUGGUGCAACUGCUCAGGCUGAUUUUACACCGAUACGUCAAAUCCCUUCGACACUAACUCCAGCUUUAAUAAAAGCUCAAGAGGGCGACAUGCCGUCGAAAAUUCCAACGCCAUGCGCAAGCAGACUGUCUGCGCCUGAACCAAUAACAGACCGACAACACACAACAACACAUUUGGGAUGUAAUUUAGAUCACCUUGGAGAGAGCAAUACAUUGCUCAUGAGUCAAAUGGAAGCCAUGGCUCAACAGAUUGUACAUCUUCGCGAACAAAAUCAGAAGCUAAGCUGUGAACACCAGCAAUGCAAUUUAAAGCAAAAGGUUACCAUGACAGCAAAAAUGGAUGCUAAUGCAACAGACACGGCAACGCAAGACAUCAACCGGCACAGACUUGCCGAACAACUAGCAAGUCAAGAAAAAGAGCUGAAAUGCUUGCAAAAUUGGCGAAACAACAAGCCACUACAGCUGUCGCGAAAACGCCAGACGCUGAAGCAAACGACGAGAUAA